UUGUUGUUUAGCAAUAACAAUGAGCGGCUCGCAAUUAUUCCCCGUGAAUCUGAACAAUCUGACCGCAAAGGAGCGACACAACUAUAUCCUCAACCACUACGUGCUCAACUCCCCGGCGGAGGCUGAAUCCCGCCGCCACAAGCGGGACAUCGAUGUGAUACGGGAGAACCACCGCUUUCUGUGGGAUGAUGAAGAGGCGGACACCGAUUCCCUCAGCUGGGAGCAGCGCUUGGCCCUGCGCUACUACAAGAAGCUGUUCAAGGAGUACUGCAUUGCCGAUCUGUCCCGGUACAAGGAGAACAAGAUAGCGCUGCGCUGGCGAACGGAGCAGGAGGUGGUCACCGGGACCGGGCAGUUCCAGUGCGGCAGUCGGCACUGCGGGGAGCGGGAGAAUCUCCGCAGCUGGGAGGUGAACUUCAAGUACAUCGAAAAGGGUGCGCCCUUAAAUGCGCUGGUUAAGGUGCGCCUUUGUCCCACGCACACGGAUCAGCUUAACUAUCGCACCAAGAAGAGGGAGUACAAGAAGCAGCGAAGGAGGGCCAAGGAGGAACGACGGGCUGAGCGAAAACGAAAGCGUCGCAGGCUGGAUGACGAACAAGAGAGUUCCACAGAUAGCGAAGAAGAGGAGGAGGAGGCUGGAAAAUCCGCCACCGAAUCCCAACCAGAAACAAACGAGGUGCCCACCACCGAAGACACCCCGGCUGACGAUCAGAUCUGGCAGCAACAGCCCGAUCUCGGUCAGGAGCAAACCUCCAGGGAGCAGGAGUUCGAGCGCUACCUAGAGGAUCUCCUUUUUUAAAAUACAUAGCACAUUUAUUUGGAUUCAACGUA